UCCCUCGUUCCACCCGGAACGGUUGUUUGAUGCACAGUGACUGAGGUCGGAAGUCAGACACGUGGGAUAAACACAAUAUAAGUGUACUUACAGAGCCGACACGGAAACAAGUACUAGAACUACUAAAAAGCCAUGGGUAAGUCCAAGCAAACGGGCAAUCACAAGAGCGACAAGAAAAAGAACAUAGCAAAGCUCUGGAAAACCAAACGGAGGACCAAGGACUUGGAUCAGAUCCAUCAUGACAUGAAGCCAGAGGUCGCGGCCAAGCUGCUGCACCAGGAGGUGGACUAUGACGUCACUGGAAACGCCCAGCACUACUGCCUGCACUGCGCGCGGUACUUUGUGGAUCUGAGGAGCUUGAAGGAACACGUUAAAACUAAGGUGCAUAAAAGGAGACUGAAGCAGCUGCGAGAGGAGCCCUAUACCCAGGCGGAGGCUGAGAGAGCUGCAGGGAUGGGCUCUUACAUCCCGGCCAAGAAAGUGGAGGUGCACACCCAGCCGCUAGAGGAGGAGGCCGAGGAGAUGAAGUGAACAAGACUGCCUUUGCAAGCCCCAGUACCUGUGCCGUCGUCUAGUUGUGAUAGCCUCCAGGGUGCGUGGUCUGCCCCAGUACGCCUCCCUGUGCUGCAUUGCACCACGCUAAUCUGGUCCCUUUAAAACCACAGUAACAUUUGCAGGGCUUUGUUAAUCUGCACAUUGCCUGUCUCUGAGCAUUCAGAACUGUUUGGCAGUUAAGGGGUAAUGGUCCUUUUUUUUGUAUAAGCAGACAUUCAGUACUGCAGGUUUAGAGUGUGUUUUGUAAGACAGGGUCCUGGUUUCAAAUACCCGUUUAGUAACUGAUGUACUAGACUGAGUGUGUUGGCAAUUUACCAUACCUUAUUCAUGUGCCUAAACCCUGAUCAGCUGUGCAACAUCAACCACACUGUAAAUUAAAUGUGACAGCAUUGUUUGGAUAUCCAGCUUAAUAGUAAUAUUGCAAGGGUUACACACCAAAAAUGUAAACUGCUACAAUGCUGAAUAGGGUGUUGGGGCCAUCAUGUGUAACCAGGAAGGAUGGAUUUGGCUGCAUUUUAUAUAUAAAAUAUAUGUGUAUAUAUAUAUAUAUAUAUAUACACACACACUUUUAU